GUGAAGUGAACAGUCAUCCAGGAAGAAGAAGCAGUAGAGCAGAGUUGAGGGAAACUCCAGGACAGAAGAGACAGUUGCCCAAGCACAUUAUGUGCACAAGGCUCUGUGGGAAAGAUGUACGUGGGAUAUCUCUUGGAUAAGGACAGCAACAUGUACCCCAACCCAGUAAGGCAUCCAGGACUCAACCUUAACCAUCAGAACUAUGUCCCUGCACCUCCUCAAUAUUCUGAUUUUGCCAGCUAUCAUCAUGUCCCUGGGAUUAACAGUGACCCUCAUCAUGGACAACCUGGUAGCACCUGGAGUUCUCCUUAUGCUCCAAGCAGAGAAGACUGGCACUCCUAUGGACCAGGACCUGCAGCCUCUUCAAAUAACCCGGGUCAAAUAGGAUUCAGCCCCACUGAUUUUAAUCCGGUUCAGCCACCAGGUUCUGGACUAUUACCACCACCCAUGAACAACUCAGUGCCCCCUCUUUCUCCAAAUGCGCAAAGGCGCAACCCCUAUGAUUGGAUGAAGCGCUCGGUGGUACCCAGUGCCAACCCAAACAAUGGACCAAGAGAGCCAGGCAGAUGGGGAGGCGCAGAUGUCAGAGGCAGGCUGAGCCAGGAGAGAGAAACAGAAGCAGACCUUACAGGAAAAACUAGAACAAAAGAUAAAUACAGAGUUGUGUACACAGAUCAUCAACGCCUUGAACUGGAGAAAGAAUUCCACUACAGUCGCUACAUUACAAUCCGCAGGAAGGCUGAGUUAGCGGCUACACUUGCAUUAACAGAGAGACAGGUAAAAAUUUGGUUUCAAAACAGAAGGGCAAAAGAGAGGAAAGUAAAUAAGAAGAAGAUGCAGCAGCAGAGUCAGCAGGCCAGCACCACCACUCCCACCCCACCGACUGUUGGCACCACCACUGGAAUGGGCGGGAUUUGCAGUAGCAGCAGCAGCAACAGUAACUUGGUAUCUCCGUCGGCACUGACUAUUAAAGAGGAAUAUCUUUCUUAAGGGACAUUGGCUAAGUGUAUAGCCCUAAAACUCUUUGGAACUUCAGUGUAUCCGAUUCUUUCCGGAGUAAACCAUCAAACCUUCUCUGCUGAACGAGCCCACUGUAUCUCAAGUCUAUGCAGCAUUUAGGGGGUUCAAAUGUUCAACACAAUUUUAACACUCCUUAAACGGAGUCAUUGGAGGACUGGUCAUACCAUUUUAUGUAUGCGUACAGAGAAUAUCUGGAUUAGUAUUUUGGUUUUAAUGGCCAUCAGUGGACACUAUCUUAUCUAUUUUUUGUAACUGUAUAUUUAAAAGGAAACUUUUCAUGUAAAAAAAUAUCUUUUUAUGUACUUAAAAGUAGGGGGUAUUUUUUCUAUUUCAACUAUUCCUUUUUAUAUAAUUUUCUCUAGUAUGGCGUCUACGCAGAGGUUAGAAUUGAGCAGAUUUGUGGUUAAAUUUGGUAAAAGGCUAGUUCUUUCUGUAAAUUAUUGUAAAAUCUCAUUUUCCUUGCAGCUGAGAAAAAUAUAUAGUUAGAAUCAAAUAGCAGCUUGGUUUAUAAAAUCAGAUGGUACUCACACAGCCAGCAAAUUUGUUGAGCUGUAUAUAGGGCUAUAGGGCUGUAU